GUCUCCUCCGCAAACAAUCGCUCUUCAUCCUCCAAAAAUACUUCAACGACAGCUUCCACUCCAUCGAGAUCUAUCUAAAAUGCACCUUCUACUUGGGCUCGAUCCUGAUAUCGAUUUUCCUGAUUAUUUUCAUCGAAACAGAUUUCUUGGCGACUGUCGUAACGUAUGUUCUUCUGGCUUUGUGCACCAAUUGUAUUAUUUUGAUGUUUUAUAAAAAUCCUACAUACGAUAAAGCGAUGGUGGUGAGCAAGUACGAGAUCUUGGAUAAUGAUAAUGAGGAUUUGGAUGUUUAUAAUAAGGUUGAGGAGAUUGAAAAACGGUUCAAGGAGAAGACAAGUAGAGAUAGUCAAGGUGGUUCCAAAAAGCACGAUGGAGCUACAAAUACAAUGCAACAAACGAAGUACGUCAAAACAAUUGGUGAAUCUUCGAAACAAGUCUACGGGGACACCAGUUACGCCAAGCAAGACGUUCCAGCAAAUCCUUUCGACGAACCAGAACCCGAAACAAGCACCAAUCCCUUCGACGAAGCCGACAAGCACCCAAACAACCCUUUCAAUGAACCAGAUGAUGUUUAUGUUAUAGAAAAUGAGACUACCACAAAUCAAACUGGUGACCAAGUGAUUUACGAGUACGGAAAGACCAAAAUCGAGGAAGUUCCAACAAAAGUUGGCAGUAAUAAAAGUGGCGAUAGGGCCAAAUUUAUUGCAGAAACUGCUAAUAAUUUAGCUAGUGCUGAUAGUACCAAAAAACCUGUGGAUAAAAAGUUGAAGAUUGUGGAUAAUACUGCAAGGAGUAGGCUGAUGGCGACGUUUUCUGGAGUUGCCAGUACCAGCCAAAGAAAUGGUAGCAUCACAGAACCUCAGCCAAUUUAUUCAGAAAAUCAAUUGGAAUUCAACAGCCGUCAAAAUCGACCAAGGAACCAAAAAUGCUGCUCCAAGUUCUGCGAAGAGUUCACAGUCUUCAAGAAACCAUCCUUCUACCCAAGUCUGGUAUUAUAUCUGUACCAGCGUCUGAUGCCCUUAUUUUUCUGGAUUUUGCUGCCAUCGAUUCUGCUAAGGGCUGGACUACCGAUAGUCCUUUGCAUCACUUUUUAUCUGGCAGCCUCCAUAAUCGGGAUGAGUGGCAAUGUACUGAUUUCGAAGUUGUCCAAAAUGUCUGCAAAUAUGAGGCUGGUUUAUUUGUCUGUGUUUUGCAUGUUGGCAUCGAUGGCACUUUACGAAGUGACAAAAGUCUACAACACCAUGACCAUCCUGGUCAUAACUUUAAUAGCAAGUUUCUGCAUAUCUUGCUCCACCAGUUUAAGUCGAGCUGCCAUAAACGACUACUUGGAAAUCCAGGAUCUGAACAAAUCCAGGACGAUCCUGACCACGAUCUACGCCUUGUGCCUGGUUUUUGCAACUUUUGGACACAACAAUUAUAUAGAUUCUUAUUACAGAGUGGCAUCGUUUGUAAAUAUUUCUAUAGGAAUGCUUUAUGGUAGUUUUGUGAUGUUUCGAAUUUGGUUCAAGUUUAACAAACAUCCUAGCAGCCAAUUGACUAUUAGUCGAACAUAGUAAUAACAGAUAAUUAUAAUUGAUAAAUGUAUUAGUUGGGCAGCAACUGAGUAAAAUAGAUGAUAUGAAUGCAAAAAUGAAUAGGUACAGUGGUAUCCCAAAUUACAUGUACCUGUUAUACAAAUGUUUUGAGAUUCAAGUUGCCAAAGGAGCGAUUUGUUGCUUCGAUAUGCGAGUAAAAUUUGAGAUACGAGCUUUGAGCAAGUAAGAGUAGUCUAGAAAAAAGUUAAUGACUGUUAAUGAAAAGUUAAUAUGAAAAAUUUCGUCAAUUG